AUGUCGUUUUAUGAUCUGGAACAGGGCCGAGGCGUCCCGCCCGAGCAGGAGUCACAGGAUGAGCCACAUCAUGACGCAAGCCGUGGAGAGAAUCCGCAGUUUAUGCGAUUGACAGAGCAGGUCGGACUCCAUGUAUUUCGUAUCAAUGCCAAUGUGGCUACAUUACAAAAGCUAGAUGCCCAGCUACGUCGAGCGCCGGAUCUGGCACAGGGUAAGGCCGACCACAUCAUGAGGCAGUUUGCUGAUCUAUGUGAGCAAACUCGCAGCAUUGUAAAGGACGCCACGGAUGACGUCAAAAAACUUUCAUUGUAUCCCAUCGGUGGCAACGAAGGGUAUGGCAUUCGUCGCUCGUCGCCCUCGCGGCUGAUGCAGACCAAGCUUCAGAACGACUUCCAGGACGCAUUAAGUGCGUUUCAGCAUAUCCAAAAAGAAGGGAUUUUGAAAGAGAAGGACGCACUCGCUCAGGCUAGGCAGCGAGGAAACGAGGCGGCGCUCUCCGCAGAGCUCGCACCAGACACGGACGAGCGCUCGUCCGUGCCCAUUCAGACUCAAGUGUCCAUGCCACCCAGACUAACGAGUGAGGAACUUGAGUUCCAAGAGUCGCUGAUUGCCGAGCGCGAGGCAGAAAUCCAGGAAAUUGAGCAUGGUGUACAGGAGCUCAAUGAAAUUUUCCGGGACUUGAGCCACAUCGUUCAGGAGCAAGGCGGUAUGAUUGAUAAUAUCGAGUAUAAUAUUGGCACAAUUGCUACGAGCGCACAAGGCGCAGACCGCGAACUGCUCCGUGCGAAUCACUACCAGCGACGCGCGGGUCGCCGUGGCCUUUGCCUUACCAUGAUUGUGGCUGUAGUUGUAUCUCUUGUCCUAGUGGCGCUCUUAGCAUAG